ACCAGUUGCAAGGGGAUGACAGAGCGCAUUCACAGCAUCAACCUUCACAACUUCAGCAAUUCCGUGCUCGAGACGCUCAACGAGCAGCGCAACCGUGGCCACUUCUGUGACGUGACGGUGCGAAUCCACGGGAGCAUGCUGCGGGCCCACCGCUGCGUGCUGGCCGCUGGCAGCCCGUUCUUCCAAGACAAGCUGCUGCUGGGGUACAGCGACAUCGAGAUCCCGUCCGUGGUGUCUGUCCACGCGGUGCAGAAGCUCAUUGACUUCAUGUACAGCGGGGUGCUGCGCGUCACCCAGACGGAGGCGCUUCAGAUCCUGACGGCCGCCAGCAUCCUGCAGAUAAAGACGGUCAUCGACGAAUGCACGCGAAUCGUCUCCCAAAACGUCGGGGGGGUCUACGCCCUGAUACAGGACUCUGGUCAAGAGACACCCAGGGGGACGCCGGAGUCGGGGACCUCCGGGCAGAGCAGCGACACUGAAUCCGGCUACCUGCAAAGCCACCGCCAGCACAGCGUAGACAGGAUCUACUCUGCGCUGUACACCUGCUCCAUGCAGAACGGCAGCGGGGAGCGCUCAUUUUACAGCGGCGCCGUCGUGAGCCACCACGAGACCGCCCUGGGUCUGCCCCGGCAGCACCACAUGGAGGAGCCCAGCUGGAUUACCCGCAUACACCAGCACUCCCAGCGGAGGGAGAGGUACCUGACCACCACCCCGGAAACCACCCACUGCCGCAAGCAGUCGUGCCCGGUCCGGAUUCAGACCCUGGUGGGCAAUAUACACAUCAAGCAAGAGGUGGAAGACGACUACGACUACUACGGCCAACAGAGGCCGCAGGGCCUGGAGCGCAACGAGUCCGAGGAGUGCGCCGAGGACACCGAUCAAGCCGAAGGCACGGAAAGCGAACCCAAAGGGGAGAGCUUCGAUUCCGGCGUGAGCUCGUCCAUCGGCACGGAGCCCGACUCCGUAGAACACCAGUACAUGCCCGUUCUCAGCAGGGAGUGCCAGCCGGAGCCUUCCCAGGCGGAGUCCAAAUAUUUAUCCGCCGAGUGCGCCGAAAACCAGAACCAACAGCACUUGGACACCAGCCCGUCCUCCCCGAAGAGGAGCAGCGCCGUCGACAUGGACAGCACACUGGUCAGCGUUAGCAAUAGCACCGAAAAAGAGGUCAUCAAAACUUCCGUCUCCCAGUCCAGCGCGCUGGCUUUGCCGACAACCCAGCUGUACCUGCGCCAGACGGAGACGGUCACCAGCAACGUGAGAAUGCCGCUCACCCUGACCAGCAACACGCAGGUCAUCGGCACGGCCGGCAACAGCUACCUACCCACCCUCUUCACGACACAGGCCGGUCCGAAGCCGUUCCUUUUCAGUCUGCCCCAACCGUUAGCCGGCCAGCAGGCCCAGUUCGUGACGGUUCCGCAAAGUGGAUUAUCGUCAUUCGCUUCCCACCUUCAAGCACCACCAUCCCAAGGAGGGCACGGCCCGGCGAGCGGGCAAGGGGAGAAAAAACCUUACGAGUGCACCCUUUGUAACAAAACCUUCACUGCCAAACAGAACUACGUGAAGCACAUGUUUGUCCACACAGGAGAGAAGCCGCACCAAUGCAGCAUCUGCUGGAGGUCGUUCUCCUUGAAGGAUUACUUAAUAAAGCACAUGGUGACCCACACGGGGGUGCGGGCGUAUCAGUGCAGCAUCUGCAACAAGCGCUUCACCCAGAAGAGCUCCCUCAACGUGCACAUGCGCCUCCACCGGGGGGAGAAGUCCUACGAGUGCUACAUCUGCAAGAAGAAGUUCUCUCACAAAACCCUGCUGGAGCGGCACGUGGCCCUCCAUAGUGCUACCAACGGCACCGCCAGCAUCCCGCUCCCCGUUCCGCCUUCAGCUCGCCCCGGGCCACCGAGUAACGGGGUGACCCCAUGCCCGGAGGGCACGACGUACGUUUGCUCAGUCUGUCCAGCUAAGUUUGACCAAAUCGAGCAGUUUAACGACCACAUGAGAAUGCACGUUUCUGACGGAUAAAUACCAUCCAUUCUUACGAACAAAAAAACAAACAAACAAAAGCUAUGGCACUAGAGUUUAAGAUUUUUUUGUUUUAAUUUUUAGGUUUUUUUGUUGUUUUUUUUCUCUUUUUUUUGGCAUUUUGUACUACAUGAAGAACUGUAUUGCCUGCUGGUACAUUACAUUUCCGGAGAGUGGGUGAAUAUAUAUAUCUAUAUAUAUCGAGAUAUAUAACCUACGUAUAUAUAUUUUAUCCAGUCUCCCUCAGAUGGUGGCCUUAAGGCUUGGUAGUGAACCUGAAUUCCACUGGCUGGAGUUCAACCCUACCGGCCUCUAAAUACAACCCUUCUUUAAAAAAAAAAAAGACAAAAAAAAAAAGACAAAAA